ACUUGCGGAGUUUUGUGAUAUCAUUUGGCAUUAAGUGUAUCUAAUACGCCGCGUGAACGAUCUAUAGCCAUGGUCAAAAAGACCGUAAAGUGUUCAGGAUGCGGAAUGGGGCGGAAAAUAGAGGUUUGUGAGGAUGAGACGACAGAGAGAGCUGACGCCAAGUGUAAGCAAUGCGAGUUAGAGGCGAAGAUGGAAAUAAUGAUGGCCGCCCAGAAUGAGCUCGUGGUGAGAAUCUCCGAGCUGGAGAAAGCGGUAGCGACAGAGCGGGAAAAAACGAUGGCUAUGGCGGAAAGGCUUAAGUCAGCCGAGGAGGGAUUAGCAAAGGUAGCCAUGCCAGCAAAGGUAGCCACGGGGAACAAGGAAGCAAGCGACAGCGGGAACAAUGGGGCAUCGACCCUCACAGUGGUAGGCGCGAAGGGGGAAACAGGUUUGGAAAAGACAGGUGCAAGGGUCACAGGACCCACCUUCCGCGAAGUAGUCUUGGGAACGGGAGUGGACAAAACAACAGCAGUAGCACGCGCUAGUAACAGGUGCAGUGGCCAGGUGCGGGAAAGUCCAGCAGAAAAGUCGGAUCACGUGAUAAUCGCCGGGGACUCGAAUUUAGCUACAUGCGCAGAAGCAGUCAAGGAAAGGGUGAGAGGCGACAAACGAGUUUUAAUAGGGAAGUUCCCGGGCCAUAGGCUGGGAUCAGUGAUGAGACAAGCUAACGCAAAACUCGCAACUAAGUCUAAUGGACGUAACCUCGUGAUAAUCGCGGGAGGUCUAAACGACGUCUUGAGUAACGAAUCAGCCGAACUAGCGACCACAUUGGCGAAAGGGGUCGAUGACAUGCGCGCCAUUUCCCCUCAGGUGCAGAUAGUGGUAUGCACAAUACCGGAGGUACCGGUGCGUGACGGCAACCUGCAAAGAGCGGUUGUCGACGCAAACAAAGAGAUAUGGCAGAUGAGUAGAGAUAAAGGCACCGAUGUAGUGGAAAUAAACAGAGAGGUGCACAGGUGGGGUGGUUUUCGAAGAGACGGAAUACACUUCGAUAGGAGGCUUGGCCAUGAGGUGGGUUGGCGUCUUGCAGGACGCGCAGUAGCUUUUUUGGGGGGCACGCGGGCCCUUCGGUGCCCAUGGUAGCUUGUAAUGAGGAAAACAACCAGGGGGACUCUUUGACAGGUAGUAUAGCGAAAAAACAGAGAAAAGACAAAAGGUAAAAGAAGGGAGAAGGCGCGUGUUGCAAUUAGUUACAUUAACAUGCAGGGUGGCAGAAAAAAGGC